UAGGCAUGAUGGGUAAAAGUGGUUGUGAAUUAUAUUCAUUUAUAUAAUUAGAUUAGAUUUUAAUUCAUAAGAAAUAUUAAUAUUGUAAAAUAUGAAUAUAGCUUGGCAAUAAAAUUACGUAUUUUUAAGAUAUGGCAAUGUCACAAUGACACGCAGGCUGCUGGCCGCUUGUUAGAUUUAUUUGCUGAUAAAAUAUUACUAAAAACUACACCCUAUUUGUAAACAUACAGAGUUGCUUUUAUAAUGAGGAGUUAUAGCUGAAUGAGUUAAAAUAGUUUUAUUCAGAUACGACAUUUCACUGAUUGAAAAUGACAGCACUAAAUUAUCAAAAUUCAAAAAGAUUAGUCUCAAAAUUACAAAAUAUGUAACAUAUUUCACAUAAACCCGUAUCAAAAUAAUUACAUGCUCAACAUUAAAUCUUUGCUUACAUAAGACUCUAAAGGAAACUAUCUAAAAGCCAAAUAUGGAUUGAAAACUGUUACCUAACAUCUGAUAGCGUAAAUGGUCAUAAUAAUAAAUAAAUUAGUAUACGAGACAGCCUUGAAGGUGGUCAAUGAAUUGAACCAGUGCACGCCGCCUGAGCACGACACGACGGAAGUUGAUUUGGUCCUGAUAUAAUACCAUUUAAGUAUGGGUAACGAUGGGGACUUUUUCCGCGAUACUAAAGUGCGGUAUUUAGGCUACGCCAAUGAGGUUGGCGAGGCGUUCCGGCCGCUGGUGUCAAGGAAUGCGGUGAACCUCAGCUACAAGGUGGCCGGGGCUUAUGUGCUCGCUGACACUGCUGACAAAAGUUUGAAGAUGUUAUGGAGGGAGGGUAAAAUCUCAAGCAUGAUUAUUGGCACAGGCGACGCCCUAAUCUGGCAGACCCUGGCCUCCAUCCUCAUCCCCGGAGUCACCAUCAACAGGAUCGUCUUCUAUACAGGCCGAGCACUCAAAGGUAAACCAGUGCCUCCAGCAGUCCAGCGGUUCGCGCCUGUUGCAGUCGGCCUGGCCUGCAUCCCCAUCAUAGUCACUCCCAUCGACCGGGCAGUUUCCAUGUUCAUGAACGCCACAUACAGACUUAUCUUCGGACACCACCAUUAAACAUUUAUUGAGUCAGGUAA